AGACCCCAAGAAAACCCUUCCAUUUCAAAGUUUCGGUCUUUAACCUGGUGCCGAUUCUACCAUACGCUGUUUCGCUAACCGAUCUAUGCUUUCAAACUCAGAGCCCUUUCUCUCCAUCUAUCACCAUCUGUCUCCAUUUCUGAUUUUAGGGUUUUAGGUCAUUAGAUUUUACUUUACUUUCUUACGAUUUGGUUAAUUUAAGCAGGUGAAAAUCAGUUCUAGGGUUUCAAUUUCUGAAACCCGCAUCUGAUUUAUUCACUUUGCAUAGGUCUUACUACAACUUCUACUAGAUUUAGGGUUUUUGUGAACUCCAGAACAAAGGAGAAAUGUAUAUCAAGGAGAUUUGUUUAGAGGGGUUCAAGUCGUAUGCGACGAGAACAGUUGUACCUGGAUUUGAUCCAUUAUUUAAUGCUAUUACGGGCCUAAAUGGUUCAGGAAAAUCAAAUAUUCUUGAUUCUAUUUGUUUCGUGCUUGGAAUCACGAAUUUGCAACAAGUACGGGCUGCGAAUCUUCAGGAAUUGGUGUAUAAGCAAGGCCAAGCUGGAAUUACUAAAGCGACUGUUUCAGUUGUUUUUGAUAAUUCGGAUAGAAAUCGAAGUCCUCUUGGUUACGAGGAUAAUCGAGAAAUAACAGUUACAAGACAGAUUGUGGUUGGUGGGAGAAACAAGUACCUUAUCAAUGGCCGUGUUGCACAACCUAAGCAAGUUCAGAAUCUAUUUCAUUCAGUGCAGCUCAAUGUUAACAAUCCGCAUUUCUUAAUUAUGCAAGGGCGCAUCACAAAGGUUUUGAACAUGAAACCUCCUGAGAUUUUAUCUAUGCUUGAAGAGGCUGCUGGAACAAGAAUGUACGAGACCAAGAAGGAGGAUGCUUUAAAGACACUUGAGAAGAAGCAGAGCAAAGUUGAUGAGAUUGACAGGCUUCUUGAUAGCGAAAUACUACCUGCUUUGGAGAAGCUGAGGAAAGAAAAGUGUCAGUACAUGCAGUGGGCCAAUGGUAAUGCUGAACUAGAUAGGCUAAGAAGGUUCUGCGUUGCUUUUGAUUUUGUUCAGGCAGAGCGGACAAGAGAUAAUGCUGUCAAUGGGGUGGAGCAAAUAAAGGCCAGCAUAACUCAGAUUGAUACUGAUACAGAAACUAUAAAGUUAAAUAUUCAGGAUAUGGAGACGAACAUAUCAAACUUGACUGCUGAAAAAGAUGCUAUCUUGGGUGGUGAGGUAAAAAAAUUGUCCGAAAAGGUGGAUACUUUGUCUUGCGACCUUGUGAAGGCAACAUCUGUAUUGAAAAAUCAAGAGGAUUCCCUUAGGGCAGAAAAAAAGAAUGCCGAAAAGCAUGCAAAAAGUAUUGAAGAUAUUAAAAGGUCAAUUGAGGAAAGGGAUUCCGCUGUUAGAAAGGCUGAAGAUGGAGCUGCAGAUCUCAAAAAGAGAUGUAGUGACCUCUCUAAGAAUUUGGAAGAUUAUGAAAAGGAGUACCAGGGUGUGCUUGCGGGUAAGAGCAGUGGGAAUGAGGAUAAGUGCAUGGAGGACCAAUUAGCUGAUGCUAAAGCUGCUGUUGGUACAGCUGAAACCGAAUUGAAACAGCUGAAAACAAAAAUUAGCCACUGUGAGAAGGAGCUGGUUGAGAAAAGGCAGCAGUUGAAGACUAAGGGCGCAGAAGCUGUUGCUGUAGAGAAUGGACUUCGGAAUUAUAAAACAGAUAUAGAGAAGAUUAAAACGGCUCUUGAAUCUGUUCCCUACAAUGAGGGUCAGAUGGAAGCUCUGCAAAAGGACCGACAGUUAGAGUUAGAGGUGGUGCAAAAGUUGAGGGAGGAGACCCGGAAUUUGUCAGGUCAAUCUGCAAGGGCUCAAUUCACAUACAGCGAUCCAGUGAAGAAUUUUGACAGGUCAAAGGUAAAAGGCAGAUUUGCAAAGCUCAUUAAAGCGAAGGAUAGUUCCACAUUGACUGCCUUGGAGGUUGUAGCAGGAGGCAAACUAUAUAAUGUUGUUGUAGACAAUGAAGAUACAGGUGCACAACUAAUCGAGAGAGGUCGUCUUCCAAACAGAGUAACCAUUGUACCACUGAACAAAAUCCAGCGCAAUAUUCUUCCCCAACAGAUACUGCAGAACGCUGUGAAUUUGGUUCAUGGGAAUGCAGAAAUUGCUCUGUCUUUGGUUGUGUAUGAUGAGGAAGUUAAGGCGGCAGUAGAACAUGUGUUCGGUUCAAGCUUUGUUUGUAAAACUAGUGAUGCUGCAAAGCAGGUGAAUCAGAAAUUCGAUAAAUCAUGUGUUACUCUUCAAGGUGAUAUUUUUCGGCCAGGUGGGCUUGUGACUGGUGGUCAUCGCAAAAAUGAUCAGGAAUUGUUAAGGAUUCUUCAUGCCUUGGCAGAAGCAGAAUCAAAGCUUUCGUUUCAUGAGAAGAGACUAAUGGAAAUUGAGAACAAGAUUUCCCAGCUACAACCUCUUCAAAAAAAGUUCAUGGACCUUAAAUCUCAGUUAGAACUGAAGUCUUAUGAGCUUUCACUGUUCCAAAGCAGAGCUGAGCAAAAUGAGCACCACAAGCUAGCUGAAUUAGUAAAAAAGUUAGAGCAGGAGCUUGAUGAAGCAAAGCAGAGCGUAAAAGAUAAACAACUGCUGUAUGACAAGUGUUUAUCUACCGUUUCCUUGCUUGAAAAAUCUAUUAAGGAACAUACUAAUAAACGGGAGAGCAAACUUAAGGAUUUAGACAAAAAGAUUAAGGCAACAAAAGUUAAGAUGCAGUCUUCUUCCAAGGAUCUCAAGGAAUAUGAAAAUGAGAGAGAGAGGCUCAUUAUGGAAAAGGAAGCUGUUAUUCAAGAGCAUGCCUCCCUGGAAACUCAAGUAGCUGAUCUAGAGGCUCAGAUUAGCAGUCUCGCAGUUGAUGUGGAUAAACAUAGAGCCAAGGUCAAUUCCAUCAAUGAUGAUCUCGAUCAAGCUCAAUCUGAACUCAAUUCGGUACGUGCGAAGAUGAAAGAGUGUGAUUCUCAAAUUAGUGGCAUAGUGAAGGAGCAGCAGAAUCUUCAACAUAAACUUUCUGAGGCAAAUCUGGAGAGAAAGAAAAUGGAAAAUGAGGUGAAACGAAUGGAGAUGGAGCAGAAAGACUGUUCGUUGAGGGUUGAUAAGCUCUUAGAGAAGCAUAGCUGGAUUGCUGCUGAGAAGCAACUUUUUGGAAAAAGUGGGACUGAUUAUGAUUUCUCUUCUUGCAACCCUCACAAAUCAAGAGAGGAAUUGGAAAAACUCCAAGCUGAUCAAUCAAGUCUCGAGAAGAGAGUCAAUAAGAAAGUCAUGGCAAUGUUUGAGAAAGCAGAAGAUGAAUACAACGACUUAAUAUCCAAGAAAAACAUAAUUGAGAAUGAUAAAUCAAAGAUCAAGAUGGUUAUUGAAGAGCUAGAUGAGAAGAAAAAGGAGACACUAAAAGUUACAUGGGCUAAAGUUACCAAGGAUUUUGGAUCCAUCUUUUCUACCCUAUUACCUGGCACCAUGGCUAAACUGGAGCCUCCUGAAGGAUGUAAUUUCUUAGAUGGUCUUGAGGUUCGUGUUGCAUUUGGAACCGUGUGGAAGCAGUCCCUGUCCGAGCUUAGUGGAGGGCAACGAUCUCUGCUUGCCCUUUCUCUCAUUUUGGCAUUGCUUCUCUUUAAACCAGCACCACUUUAUAUUCUUGACGAGGUUGAUGCUGCCCUUGAUCUCAGCCACACUCAGAAUAUCGGAAGGAUGAUCAAAAGUCAUUUUCCACAUUCCCAGUUCAUUGUGGUAUCCUUGAAAGAAGGGAUGUUUAACAACGCAAAUGUCCUUUUCCGUACCAAAUUCGUCGAUGGUGUUUCCACAGUUCAGAGAACUGUCGCUCCAAAGCAGAGGUGAUACAUUCAUCUGCACUCAAAUUACACCAGAACAUUCGUGCGAAGGAACUCAAGUUACGUUUAUGGUGACAACUGACAACCUUCUAUAACCUGGUUUAGACUCUGUAAUAUAAUGAUUGUAACAUGUGAUUAUUUUGGGACAAAUUCACUAAAGAUAUUGGUUGCUAUACCAUUUAUGACCCAUGUAAAUGGCAUGCUUAAACUUUUAAUCUGAAGAUCUUUUUCCCUGCA